UCUGCCAGCAAAAAUGAUGUUGAGAUUUGGAAAGCGCCGCUGUUUCUUUUUCUCGUACCAUUAGAUGAAUCAUUGCCAGCGGUUAAUUUGCACAUACCUGAGGGACGAAAUGAAUUGUGGAACAAGACGAGAACUGCUUUCAAGUACGUUUACGAAAAUUAUUACGAUGCUGCUGAUUGGUUUAUGAAAGCUGAUGAUGACACAUAUGUUGUGGUGGAAAAUUUACGGCACGCGGUGAAGGACGUGGAUCCGAAGACUCCAAUUUGGUUCGGCUGCAACUUCAAGCAUUUCUCGAAACAGGGAUUCAUGAGUGGCGGAGCAGGAUAUGUGUUGAGCAAAGAAGCCCUCCGAAAAUUCGUCGUGGAAGCGAUGCCAAAUUCCAGCCUGUGUCGGGCAGAUGGACACGGAGCUGAAGAUGUCGAAAUGGCAAAAUGUUUGGAUAAAGUCAAUGUCACGGCCGGAGAUUUGAGGGACUCGGAAAAGCGUUGGCGAUUUUUCCCAUUCACACCUCAAACGCACGUCACCUCGGAUAAAAUGGGAAUAAACGGUUCUAAAUGGUUCUGGGACUACAUCAAGUAUCCUUAUGAAGAGGGGCCAGGAUGCUGCUCAGACACAGCAAUAUCCUUUCAUUAUGUGCCAGCUCCGCAUUUUUACACCCUCGACUAUCUCGUGUAUCGUUUGAGACCUUUCGGAAGGAACAUGAUUUAUCUUUCAUCGAACAGCCGCGUGGAGAGAAAUGCAAAACAACAAAUACAAGCUGUGGGUUCAGAUGUCGCUCUUUUGCCUGCCAUUCCUGGCCAUUCCAAGAAUAAGGAGUCUGUUCCUGGGAAGAAUCAACCAGCAUCAGUAGCCGCAGCAGAUCGCGAAAAAUUGAAACAAGACCCACAGAAUAGAACGCAUACUCAAGGCCAAUCAUGAGCUAAAUGACGAUUGAAAUGAUUUAUAUUGCGCAAAUAAAUUAGGUAUGCAACAGGAAGCGCAGCAAUGAAAAAAAGGAAAAAUAUUUAAACUUCCGCAUUUUGCAAUGACACCCUCAAGUAGGACGCAUCCAUCUGCUGCAGAUUUAUUUUAUUUUGAUGCGUACGAGAGAAUAUAUCAUCUUUUUUUUGCGUGGGUUUAUCAUUGCUGAGAUUUAAACUGCAAGAAUAUGUUUGGCAAUUCCUUUGUUGUGAUUUCACUGCUCUGGGUGAUGAU